AGCUUUAGUAUAUAAGAGACGCCCAGUCGAAGCGGUCGAUUCACGGUGCGCGACGCCCGAACAUGUCUAGUAAUUAGCGGCUACGCUGCACCAGCUACGAUGACCGGCUACGCGAACUUUGGCAUCCACCAAGCGUCGUGGCAGCAGGAUUUCAAACCGAAAACGAUCAUCUUGUACAAAAACGCGUGCCUGGUCAGUGCGGCUUUCGCGUUCGGCGUCGGUCUGACGAUCGGGAUCCUCAUUCCCGUCGUGUACUACGGUAGUAGUUACGGUGCCGACAAUAGCACUAGUGUCUUGGAUUUAGUGAACGCCACCUCUGUGAUACGGACUAUUUUCAUCAACAACAGUUAUGGGUUCGUCAAUAACAGAAGUGCGUAUCCUACGGUCUCGUUCGUGGAUAGUCUACGGUCAGCUGCGAGUGACGAGGACGGCGUCAUAGAGAACGGCAUCUACUGGGGCCGGAAAGUGGAAACAGCCCUACCCGAUGGGUACAGGGACCAAAAACACGUGUUGUGGUCCGAUUACGUGAAAACAGCCGUCGCGAUCCGGCUGGAAAACGGAUGCGGUCGAAUGCAGAACCGUCUGGUGACAUUUCAGGACGGCGUCAAAGGUUGCGUGAGGUACAGGCAGAACACCGACCAAAUCCAGGGCGAGCUUUUCAGCUUCUACUUGGCUCAGAUUCUGAGGUUGCCGAAUCUGGCUCCCAGCGCAGUCAGCGUCGUCGAUCUGAGCUCGCCGUUGUGGUCGAAUUUGCACAACGAGAUAGCUUCGGCUCAGUGGAACUCCAACCGGCCGAUCGUCGUCACUCAGUUCAUCUCGAACUUGAACUCGGCGAACAUACCGACGGUGUUUAAACCUCUGGAGCGGCACUUGAACAAGUACGACGUGCUGAACAUGACCAAGAGCAAGAUGUUCGACGUUAACAGCCUGGUCGAGCUCGCUCAGUGGUCGGAUCUCAUCAUUUUCGACUACCUGACGGCGAAUCUCGACAGAAUAGUGAACAACUUGUACAACUAUCAAUGGAACGUGAACAUAAUGGACGCGCCCGCGCAUAAUCUAGCGAGGAAGUCGGACAGCGAGCUGCUCGUGUUCCUGGAUAACGAAUCGGGACUGCUGCACGGCUACAGACUGCUGAAGAAGUACGAGGUCUACCACUCGAUACUGUUGGACAACUUGUGCGUGUUUAGGCGACCUACGGCGAACAUAAUCAAAAAGCUGCGCCGUAAGGGGAACGUGGGCCCGUUGUUGCGCGACAUGUUCGAAAAAAGGAACGGUGCAGCGAUCAAAGACGUACUCCCCACGAUCCCGGACAAGAGCGUGAAGAUCCUCAACGAGCGUAUACAGAGAGUUUACGAACAGAUAACGAAAUGUGAGUCGAUAUUUUCGAAUACAUAGUUUGGGGUGCGGUCGUUUAGCGCUUUUUGAAAUUCAAAUUUUCUCCUCGCUCGUCUGCUCCGGUGGUGGCGUGAAAGAAAUGUUUUGGGGAGAAACGGCGUGCCGUAUUAACAUAAAUUUCACAUUAAUAACAACGAUUUAUUUUCCCGCCGCCGCCGCCGGUGUGAAUUUGUUGUUAGGUAAUUUAUUUAUUUAUUUUAAAUUUUAAAUCGAGAGCGGUUGGGUGCCGGUGACAAUGGGCAAGUGAAAAAUGUGGUCUGUUUGAGAGUGUCGCGUAUUUUUUUUUUCGUUUAGGCAGUAAGGUUCUCGAAAUGUGAUAGUAGCGGUCCUCAUGCCGCUUAAGGUUUUAUUUUUUGUUUACUGUACAUUUUGUGAUGACGUGUACUCGAACCAAAUGUAAGUCGACGUAUGUAAAUACGUGUAAAUUGUACAAAUUGUAUAUAGGUAGAGCAGUCCGACUAA